GAUUCGGCGACUUCUGCCUCCGUCAGCAACCUGCUCUUGUGCGUCGGAGCAUGGGACGGCAGCGGCGGCCGUCGCGGUUCUGCCGACCGGGUCGGCGUCUGAGUCUGCCGCGUCGGUGCAGCUACCCUGACCAGAAGGACGCCGUCGAGCAGCUGGUUGCUUUCUGCCUAGGUCAGCCCUUCCUCCUCCUAUGCUAGGUCUUCAAUUUCUGCUCUGCAACAAGAACGCGUUGAUGCACUGCUCACGCCCUUGUCAAUGUCUUGUGCUGCGACAUGCUGUAUCGAGGUCUGCUGGUCUGCUGCUGGCUGCUUCCGGCGACAACCUACCGUAGCUGCUGCUGCUGUCGGCGGCCACCACUCCAACCCGCCCCUGCCUGCCACUUCCCCCAACCAGCUGCUGCCCGGCUCAAAGCAUAUUGGAGGAGCGGUGCAAAUCGGUGGCGAACGCCAUCGGCGACAUCUACAAGCGCAAAGGGUAGUCGCUCCAGGGGCUACGAGGUCUUCAGCACCACUCCUGCAAGUUGGUCUUCUCCGAGACCAUCGCCUGCCAGGAUGUCGCCCCAAGGAACAACGCAGUGACGCCACUGUUGGUGUUAAGGAGAUUGCCGGCAUUGGCAUCAGAAGGUGUCUAAUUUUUUGUUGAUACUAGUAGCCUUUGACGCGUGUGUCUAGUCAGUGAUUGAUGGUGGGGAGAGCAUGGAAGAGGCUGUGCAGGAUGAGGUUUGAUGUGAUGUAGGGUGUUUCAAGUGUUGCAAAAUUUGGUCGCACACAGAAGCUUGUGAGAGCAUGUAGUAUACUCCUUAAUUAAUUUGCGCAAGUGUAUUGUAGUAUUGCAUCAAA